AUGGGCUCUAUUAAACCCUUUAUAUUGUUGUUUCUAAUUACGUAUGCAGGUACGUUUGCUGAAUAAAUUCAUCAUCCAAGUGUAAUAUAGUCGUAUAUAAGACUCUUUAUAGUACAUACCAUGUAGUUUUUUAAACGUCAAAGCGAAAUUAAGUUGUUUUGCCAUAGUUAAUUCUUUUUGGACCAAUUGUAAAAUACGAACAGCUUUGCCAUGAUCAUAGCAAAGAAAUUCGUAUAUCGAUAACAAUAUAUGACAUUUUGAAUAUAAACAAAUUGCUUUAGAUAGCAUUAGUCAUAGUUUUUAUUUGGCGGAAUUUUAACCGGAAUUUCACACUUUGCUAAUGGUUUUGAUAUUAGUCAUAGCCUAAGGGAAUUCCGCAUUCGAAAAAUGGUUUGAAUGGUCAAUAAAACUGUCAGAGCAAACAAAAGAUAUUGUUUUAGGGAAAUUUAAACUUUAAAGCCUUUAUUGUUAAAUUACUAGAUCUACAGACGUUUUUCAGUUUGGUAUCAGUAUGAAAAUGGCACUUUUUUUAAAAUCUACAUUUUAUUUUUACCAAGCUUUGGGUCUUGCAACGAAAAUCUUAUAAAGUCAAUUUUAAUUUUUUGUGAAAAUAACAAAAAAUAAAGAGUCUUAACUCACAGUAUUAUACUUUUACAGUAUCCCAAGAAGUGUGCCGAACCAACGAAUGCAAAACCGGCAAAGCUAUCGUAACCCUAAAAUACUACUGUAUUUGUGACUCUGGUUUCUGUGGUCAGCGUUGUGAAUUACGGGAGCCAUGCCCACUGAAACCACGAUCUCUUCUGAAUACGACCUUGGCAUUAGGUGACAAGAGAUGUAGUACUGUAAAGUUGGACUGCGAACAUGGUCCAGGCAAGAUCUUUGACAAACUAGAACGUUGUAACUGAUAUAAAGCUUGCUGAAGACGAAGUAAUCUCAUUUGUAUCAUAGUAUGAUCAAUAUUUGUACCAUAAACUAAACAUUACUCGAAGGUACUCUGAUUGUCGUGUUUAACAAACAUGUCUGUCUAGUUUUAUAUUAUAGUUAGCUAUGUAUUUGUAUUUUUAUUCAUAAAGUUGAGAUAUUCUUUUUAAAUUUAUAUACUGAAGAGUUAUGCUAUAGUGAAUGUAGGCGAUAAACUCCAAUUUAAUCGCAUACAAAACACAAUAAACUUUUAACGAAUACGUGGUACAAUACAGUUUAUGAUCCUCGGGAAUGUUGACAAAAGUGAGUAAGCGGAAAGUGCGCGGUCACGUCCACUCCUUCGAAAAGACACCCCCUCCCCUCCCUAAACUCCCUUACUCCUUUUAUUGAAAUUCAGUUUGUGAUAAGAACAUUCUUCGAGAAAUGUCACAGCUCUCCACUUUUCUCUUUUUUCUUUUAAUUUUCAAAUUAAAAGCUAACGAUCUACCCCCAAAUUGGGCGCCUUGUGCUCAGAAUGUGUGCAAGAACGGUGGAACGUGCUACGAAGACGGUGGGGCCGAGUUCUGCACGUGAGUAAUGGUUUUAUCAUCGCUGUAUCAGAAGAUUUCGAGAUUUUUUGUUUUAAAAAAUUUAUUUUAUAAAAAAAAAUGUUGCGUUCUGACAAACAUUAAUAUACAAUUUUGAAAUCUGAUUUCGAAACAUUUUAAAGUCAAAUUAAGAAUUAAAUUACUUGUUAGAUAAAAGCGUAGUUGCUUCUUUUGUCAAAAUAUUUGUGUUACAGUAACUAAAAUAGAUAAUUUUAUUUUUUGGCAAAGCACUAAGAUCAAGAAACGUCAUUUUUAAAAAGUAUCUGUGUUACGUAAUGUUUUUGUUACUUUAUAACCUGAGGCAAUCCUCUUUUUAAACGUGAUUGAUUGUUUCAGCUGUGCCUCAAACUUUGGCGGAGAGUUGUGCGAACGAAUGUGUAAGUCAAACAGAAUAUUAUAUAAAAUAUAUACAUAAAAAAACUAUUAAAAUUCAAUAUAAAAUUAAUUUAUUAAAAAUCUGAUUGAUUAAAUCAUCAAUUUAUGCCAACUUGGUUACUAUAACAUAGGCAUUUCAAGCCUCAAACAUGUUUUAUUUACUUUUUGUGGCUUGUAUACUCUUCUUUUUUUUGUACUUUUUUAAUCAAAAAAUAAACUGAACUAUUUAAAUUUUCAGUAGAACUAGCCAACAAGGAUUCAGAAGAAAGCAGAAUCGCAUCGUUGAGCCUUGUUUGCUGGAUUCUGGCGUUGGCCUUCUGUUUGUCGUUAUGUUUUGGAGUUAUGGGGUGGAUGUUCUUCCGAAAAGCACGGUGAGACAGUUUUUUCAACUUUAGCUAUUCCUUUUUAAAUAUUGUUCAAUUUCUAAAUAUUUUAUUGUCGAGCAAUAGGAAGUUGCGUAUUUUACAAAAACUUUAAUUUUUGCUCAAAUUAUUCUUUUUCAUACUGUAAAUUUUAAUUUAAAAUGAUUAAAAGUUGGUAUAAUGACAGUACUUAGGUUAUGUAUGCAAACACAGACCAUUUUUUAUAAAAUACUAGUUUAAAUACCUCAAUAUUACAGUAUAUAUUAACAUUUCAAGUUAAAACAAGUCCGUUUUUUAAAAAUUCUGACGAUAACUAUAAAGGCUCGUAACACAUGAUAUUAUAAGCAGCUUAUUUCAGUCAUGAAAACGAGGAAUUACAAGAAGAAAUCAAGAAACUGCAGACCGAACUCAAGUUGUACAAUGUGAAAAAGAAUGUCAUUAUAAGGAAAGUAAGGACGAAGCCAGAAGAGGCCACGCUCUUGGCCAAAGAUGUGCCCUAA